CAGCGGAGUCGGGAGCUGGGGCCCACCCGGCCUCCGCCUCCCCUGCUGGGCCGGCUGCCGGGAGCCUGGUGGGGCUUCACGGGCUCGGGUUGGGGUCGGGGUCGCUCUAGCCGGCCGCCGCCUCUGGCGUCUUCGGCCGCCACCCGCGCUCGGCGGGGACAGCGUUACGCCCAUUGUGGGGGAUUAAAUCGGACCGCUGUCCCUCGGUCUCGGGUAUCCGGGGAGGAGGCUCCCGUGUUCCCGCGACACACUCCCUCGGCUACUGUCCCGGCAGAGCACUCCGGGACCUUGACAGGCCGGGGGAGGGACAGGUUUUUAAUUGGAUUUCUUCUGCUUCGCAACUCCACGGAAGCGCGGGCUGAACAGCGCUUGCUCGGAGGGUCAGGAUUAAUGCUUGACUCCUAUGGGGAAUGCAUUAUUCGCACCCAGAUUGUUGAGCUAUAUGCUCCGGUCAGGCCUGGCUUCGCCCUGCUGCGGAUGUCCAGCGGAAGCAGGAGGACCGAAGGAAGUCCAGAGAAAAAAGUUCAGGUAUGCGGGAAGAUAAAUGAAGGGUUUUAGAAGCAAACUAAAUGUCAGUGGAAAGGAGAACUACCAUCACUAAGGUCUGAACACAGAGUGAAGUUACUUUCAGAGUUAAAAGACUGUUAGCAACAAAGAUGGGGACUCCUGGUUCAGGAAGGAAAAGAACACCUGUGAAAGAUCGAUUUUCUGCAGAAGAUGAAGCUUUGAGUAACAUUGCCAGAGAGGCAGAGGCAAGGCUGGCAGCAAAACGGGCUGCCCGGGCAGAAGCAAGAGACAUACGCAUGAGAGAAUUGGAACGACAACAAAAGGAGCCCUCUCAUCAUUCCUUUGACCGGAAAUGGGGACAGAUUCAGAAGUGGCUGGAAGAUUCGGAAAGGGCCAGGUAUUCCCACCGGUCCAGUCAUCAUCGUCAUUACCUGAGAGAUCAGGAUACAUUGCCCCUUUGCAGUCUUGGCAGUCACGGGAGCCCAUCGAAGGAUAUUACUGGGACACAUUGGAGCAGAGCCAGUACAUCCAAAAGGAGAAACAUGAUGUAUGAUACUCUCAAGGAUAAAUCAUCAAGAGUUUCGUCACUAAAUCAUUCUUACAGUCACUCUUAUGGGAUGAAGAGAUCUUCUGGUUCUUACAAAGACCCACUGAGUGGCCUCUACUUUGACCCGAGGAAUUAUAGCAGUCUUAGACAUAGCAAAGCCACCUCUUCCUACUGCUCUCGGCAGUCUUCUUCCCUCUACAGUGACCCUUUGGCAACAUCUAAGAGUAAAAGGGCCUCCCUUACUGCAAAUUCUGGUCUGCUGAGAAGUACCAGUCUGGCAUCAUUGUAUGAUGGUGGACUAAAUAACCCUUAUGGUUCUCGAACACCAUCUGAAUACAGUUAUUACUCAUCAAGAAUAAGUUCUGCCCGAAGCAGUCCUGUGUUUAUCGAUGAUGAUACUGCAAGCAUUGUGUCUUCUGAUCGUGCCAAUCAUGGGCGAAGGGAGAGCGUGGUUUCUGCUGCUGAUUACUUUAGUCGCUCAAAUCGUAGGGGGAGUGUUGUCUCUGAGGUGGAUGAUGGCAGUGUCCCAGAUUUGAUCAGCUUGGAUGAAAAAUCUGAUAAACAGUAUGCUGAAAAUUACACAAGGCCUUCAUCACGAAAUUCUGCCUCAGCAACAACCCCUCUAAGUGGAAACUCAUCCAGACGAGGAAGUGGGGACACCAGCAGCUUAAUAGAUCCAGACACUUCAUUAAGUGAAUUGCGGGAUAUCUAUGACCUGAAGGACCAGAUACAGGAUGUAGAAGGGAGAUACAUGCAGGGGCUUAAAGAACUUAAGGAGUCUUUGUCUGAAGUGGAAGAGAAGUACAAGAAAGCCAUGGUUUCAAAUGCACAACUGGACAAUGAGAAGAACAAUCUGAUAUACCAGGUGGAUACCCUCAAGGAUGUUAUUGAAGAACAGGAGGAACAGAUGGCAGAAUUUUAUAGAGAAAAUGAAGAAAAAUCGAAGGAAUUAGAAAGGCAGAAACAUAUGUGUAGCGUGCUGCAGCAUAAAAUGGAUGAACUUAAAGAAGGCCUUCGGCAAAGAGAUGAACUUAUUGAGGAGAAUCAGCACAUGCAACAGAAAAUAGACACCAUGGCAAAAGAGGUGUUUGACCUCCAGGAGACACUUCUUUGGAAAGAUAAAAAAAUUGGGGCCCUAGAGAAACAGAAAGACUACAUUGCUUGCCUCAGGAAUGAGCGAGAUGCGCUCAGAGAGGAGCUGGCUGACCUGCAGGAGACAGUGAAGACAGCAGAGAAACAUGGCUUAGUUAUAAUCCCUGAUGGCACUCCCAAUGGUGAUGUCAAUCAUGAACCCAUGGUUGGAGCCAUUACUGUUGUGUCUCAAGAAGCUGCUCAGGUCUUGGAAUCAGCAGGAGAAGGGCCACUAGAUGUAAGGCUAAGAAAACUUGCUGGAGAGAAGGAAGAGCUACUAUCACAGAUUAGAAAACUAAAGCUUCAAUUAGAGGAAGAGCGACAGAAGUGCACCAGGAAUGAUGGCACAGCUGGUGACGUCGCGGGACUACAGAACGGCUCAGACUUGCAGUUCAUUGAGAUGCAGAGAGAUGCCAAUAGACAAAUUAGUGAAUACAAAUUUAAGCUUUCAAAAGCAGAACAGGAUAUAACCACCUUGGAGCAAAGUAUUAGCCGGCUUGAGGGACAGGUGCUGAGAUACAAAACUGCUGCUGAGAAUGCUGAGAAAGUUGAAGAUGAGCUCAAAGCAGAAAAGAGGAAGCUACAACGAGAGUUACGAACAGCACUGGACAAAAUUGAAGAGAUGGAGAUGACCAAUAGUCACCUGGCCAAGCGGCUGGAGAAGAUGAAGGCCAACAGGACAGCACUUCUGGCCCAGCAGUAGGGAAGCCACCCUUCUAAUUGGAUGUUGCUCUAAGAGCCCUGCCCAGAGGGACUGACUUUUUGUAUAUCAACACAAAUCCCUUUCAGUACUGUUUGAGUCUUGUCAUUAAAACAGUCACCUUUGUAUUUUAUAAUUUAUGAGAAUGAAGCAGGUUUGAAUCUUCAUGAAUGAUCACUUUGGAUUUUGUUUAGUUUUUAUUUUUUGUUUUAAUGAUUUUUAGAAUCAAGUUUAUUCAACAAUUUCCCCCCAGCUGCCUCAGUGACACUCAGAGGCCUUUGCUUGAGUUCUGGAGGACAGCGAUUCUGAGUACCCACUGACACUUGCUGGAGAUCUCGGAAUACACAAGUGCCUUCUCCACAGUGUGAUUCAGACUUCAGAGAUCUUGAAUUGUCAAAAGACAUUUACUCUUCCUAUCAGCAUUUACAUUUUAGUGAAAAAAUAAGUUCACAGGUAGGCAGUCUAUAUUUCAAAUUUGUAUGUUUGGAGGAAAAGGCCUUUUUUAUAAAAUAUUUAAGUUUAUAUAAGAAAAUGUUAGAAAAAGAUAUGGGGAUUAUAUAUAAAACUUGCAUUACUGCAUAGGGCAGGAGAAGUCCAAGGCCUAUAUUCUUAAAAUAAGAGUAGGGUCUUUAUUCUUCCAGAUCAACUGUGUCAUACCUUGUGAAGUAUUCUCAUCUGCUGCUUAUUUGUGAAAUGAAACUUCAGACAAGCCCAAAGGUGGAUAGAAGGUCAGGGUAGGAAGGCGGGGAAUCCUGCUGAAGAUCCUAUUAAACAUACCCUUUUGCCAACAACAAUUGGCUACUGACACGUUCAUUUUGUUACUGAACCUUUUAGAACUGGCAAGCACACCUAUUCUAUCUUGCUCGUCUUCUUUUCUCCUCCUCAAGGAAGAACUCUUAAGAGGUUAGAUUUUAUCUUUAAAAGUACCCAGUUUGAGUUUUUUUUUAAAACCUUUGCAGUGUUUUGUGAUUCUUUUGUCAGAAUCAGGGUGGUCUUGUGGAAAUGAUUACUGUAGCUUCAAAGUGUUUACAAAGAAAAUACAUUGGGGAAAAUCUAAUGAGUCAAGGCACUUAAUAAACUACACUGGAAACUAGAUAAUAAAAGUUAACUCAGAAGUGAAUAAAAUCUCUUUAAUAAUUGUUCCCUUGUUUAGAAUAUGGAAACCAAUCUGAACGGAGAAUUCCCCAUACAUUUUCUAAUAGUAACAACACUUCUGUGGUUGAGGGUGGGGGGAUGUUCUGAAAUGCAGAUUUAUCCCAUAACCCUCAGCCGGAACCAGCAAAUGGUGUGGUCCAGUUUGAGGCCUCGGUGUCUCCUCUUCUCCAUUCAUUCAAGGUCACUUGGCCUUUGCCUUAUGGGGAUCAUGGAAUCUCACUUCUGAGAUUUCCUGCUCUGCUCUGUCUGUUGCUUGGAGUUUAACUGGUGGCACUAGUGUUCAGGGCCUCGUGUUUGUUAGGCAGGCACUUUUACCACUUGAGCCAUUCUGCCAGCAAAUUUGAUUUUUUUAGUGGAUUUAGGACAUGAAAAGCUGAAGCUUUGGGCUAGUCUUGACCACCUGUCCCAGAAUGCCAAGAGAUGAGUCCCACAGGUGACAGUGACUCAAGCCUAUAAUCCUAGCUCCUUGGGUGGCAGAGAGUAGGAGGAUCGUGGUUCAAGGCCACCCAGCAGGGGAAGUUUGUAAGACCCCUGUCUUGACAGAAGAAUCUAGGUAUGGUGGAAUGUUCUUGUCAUCUAGUUACAGCAAGAAGCAUUAGAUGGGAGGAUUGUGGUCUAGGCUGGCCCUGGCAAAAUGAGACUGUAGCUCCAAAAUAAUCAGAGCAAAAAUGGUCAGA